UCACUUAAAAAGAGUUGAGGUGUCCAAACUUUGUAUCAGUUCAGUUUCAUCAUCACUAUAUGGCUGCCACAGCUUCUGCAGGCAUAGCUUCUUUGUUUUCUUCUUCUAUCAACACUGUCAAAUGUCUCCGUACCAAGAACUGCUUCAUAGAUCCUCACAUUUCCAUAUCCUCUAAACUCAUAUUAUCAUCUGUGGAACCUUUGUCCAUUGGUACUACCAUUUCACACAAAUUGUGGGUGCCUAGAAUUUCUGCUGCUGUUGCACAAGAAGAGGUGCUAGUGGAUGCUGAAGAGGAUGCUGAUGCUGGUUUGGUUGAAGAGAAGGACAAGGAAGUGGAAAUAGGAGCAGAAGGAGACACUGAAUCCUCUGUCAGCACUAAGCUUUAUUUUGGGAAUUUGCCUUACAGUGUUGAUAGUUCACAACUUGCAGGGUUAAUUGAGGAAUAUGGUAGUGCAGAACUAAUUGAGGUUCUUUAUGACAAGGAUACUGGAAGAAGUAGAGGCUUUGCAUUUGUGACAAUGAGUUGUAUUGAAGAUUGUAAUGCAGUAAUAGAAAAUCUUGAUGGAAGAGAGUUCUUGGGCCGAACCUUGCGGGUUAACUUCUCUAACAAACCUAAACCAAAAGAGCCCUUGUACCCUGAAACUGAACAUAAGCUUUUUGUUGGGAACCUGUCAUGGUCAGUAACUUCUGAGAGUCUAAUACAAGCCUUUCAAGAAUAUGGAACUGUUGUUGGGGCUAGGGUCUUAUAUGAUGGCGAAACCGGAAGGUCACGUGGCUAUGGCUUCGUUUGCUAUUCAACAAGAUCAGAGAUGGAAUCUGCCCUUGUAUCCUUGAAUAAUGUGGAACUAGAAGGACGCGCAAUGCGUGUAAGCUUGGCUGAAGGGAAACGUUCACAAGGUUAAUAGAAAAUUGGGAAGGUUCUUUGAUGUUCAAAAAUGGUGCCAAAGAAAUGAGAAGGGAAUGCCCCUAUACUUACCAUGAUGCACUUGCUUCAGUUUGCUGAGGAGUUCAUUUUCAUUUCUUGUGGUGUAUAAAUAGUUUUUUCCCAUUUUCAAAAGACUAGCUGAUCCAAAUGCUGUUAUAUUUUGUGGUAACAUUUUUUUUUUCUUGGCUAAUACUAACAUUGGCUAUAUAUUGCUUCCUUCC